AUGACGGAAAAUAAACCCAUUGUCUAUGAAGACACCAGCAAAUACGAUGCCACAGCUCUCACCAAACAGCUCUCGGCAGAUGAAGAAUAUGACAAUACUUCUUCCACUUCUACCAACUCUUCUCCCAAUAUUGACCUUUCCGAUGAGGCCACCCAGCAUGAGCUCGAUAGAAUUUAUCGCAAACUUGAUUUACGAAUCAUUCCACCACUUUGGUGCAUGUACUUUUUGACAUCUAUGGGAUCUUCACUUUACGGUAAUGCCCUUACUAUGAAUAGAGAAACCGGUGACUCUUUACGUCUUCAAUUAGGACUUUCAGCACAUGAUACUUCUACAGCCUCAGCUCUUUAUUAUGUCGGCUAUAUUAUUUUUGAUGUACCUAUGAACCUGGCAAUGACUCGACUUGCCCCACAGACUUGGCUCUCACGUAUUGUUAUUACUGUAGGACUAGUCUAUGCAUGCUAUGGAGCGCUAUCGACUGCAGGUGGUGUUAUUGCCAUUCGUCUUAUUUCUGGCAUUUGUGGUGCAGGUACAUGGCCUGGUCUUGCUUACUACAUUUCAUUAUGGUAUCCGGCACAUCGUACAGCCCGGCGAAUAGGGUACUACUUUACAGCAGCACAAGUAUCUGCAAGUGUUGCAGGAUUAAUUGCGGCAGGGUUUCAACGUAUGAAUAAUGAUCGUGGAAUGUCUGGAUGGCAAUGGAUGUUUUUGAUUUAUGGUGUUGUGACUAUUGUUGUUGGUAUUUCAUUGAUUUGGUGGUUACCAGACCGACCAAUUCCUGUGUUUAAUAAUAAUGAUGAUGAUAGUAAUAAUAAUAAUAAUAAUAAGCGUAGUAAGGCAUCUAAAUUUUUAGAUUCACUUACAGUACGCCAGCGUCCUAUUUUGACUGAAGCUGAACAAGCUUUGCAUCAGGCUGACAUGAAGGGCCGGUACCUAAAUGUUUCAUGGACUCUUAAAGAUUUAUGGAAAGUUUUUAUUGAUUUCCGUAUUUGGCCAUUGGUUAUUAUGUAUUUUGGAGUUGUGGGUACUGGUUAUGGGAUUGUUGUUUUUGGUACAACUAUUUUAACUACUAUUAAUGGUAAAUGGUCAUCUGUGACAUUAUCAUUAUUGAUGGCACCUAUUUGGAUGUGUGAUUUAAUUGCCAUUUUAUUUGUGACACCAUUUAGUGAUAAGUUUAGGCGUUGGCGUGGAACUGUUUUUUCUGCAUCUACUGUUGUUAUUAUUGUUGGUAUGGUUGUUACUACAUAUGCUCCACGUCAAUGGCCUCGAUAUGGAGGUUUAUUGAUUACUGGGUUUGGAUUAGGUCCUACAGUUCCUAUUUGUAUGACGUGGGCUGCUGAGAUAUUUGGUCCACGCCACGGUGAUGUUGGUACUGCGGCUAGUGCAGCAUUAGUUUCUGGGUUGGGUAAUUUAGGUUCAGUUACAACAACAUAUGCACUUUAUACAGGGUGGCCAAGAGAUGUUAAACGAGGAUUUGAGUAUAGUAAUAUGGUAGUUGUGGCGAUUCUUGGAAUUAGUAUUUUAUCUGCUGCUAUAUGUGCGUUGACAUCUGGUUCAGUUCGGUUCCCAGGAGUGAGUCGGGUUAAGAAGAGUGCAAAUGUUUAG